UAGAAUUCGCUGACUCAGUUUGUCAACAUUCUGCCAAGGCUUCUAUGGUUGAAGAUUCUGCUAAUGUUUCUGAGAAAGCUGCUAACAUUGAACCUCCAGCAGAAGCUUCUAAUGUCGAAGGUCCUUGUGAAGCUUCUAAUGUGGAAGCUCCUUAUCAAGCUUCUCUUGUCGAAGAUCCGCAUAAAGCUUCCAAUGUGGAAGAUCCGCAUAAAGCUUCUAAUGUCAAACCUGCUUCAACCAAUGUUAAUGAGCUAGACAGGGGUGAAUGGGAAUCUCAUCCGUCUAAUUUAUCUGCUGCUUCCAACAUAUCGACUAGGGCUAAUACUGUGAAACUUCCGCAGCCUGUGCCCCCAGAAGAAAGCCCACAUACUGGAAAUGCAGGGAUGUCAAAAUUUGCACGUAUCACUGGUGAAGUUGGAUUGCGUUUACCCUCAAUCACUCCUGUACAGGAUAAAAGUGUCGAAAGCACCUCAAAAAUGGCGCCAGCUAAUUUGCUUGGUUCAUUUACAAAAGGUCUAUUUGACUCAUUCAAGAUAGCAUUAAAAGCUGUGCAGGUCAAGGCACGCCAUAUUGUAUCUCAAAACAGGCGAAGAUACCAGGUUACUUAUCUGUGCACCGGUGCUAGUACUUCAUCAUUUCUAGGGACUUAUAAGGUGUAUGAUCUUUGUUCGGAGAGAUGGUAUGAUGCAUCAUUAUUUGAGGGGAAGGUACUUUCUUCAUGUUAUUGCUUUCAAAUUUAUGUGGAUUGUGUUUUUCUGGUUGCACUUUGUAAAUUGGCAAUUUAUGAUGGUACUUUACCUACAAGAUCUAAACAUGAUUCUUCCAGCAAGAGACCUGACGGUAACUCAAUUUAUGUUUUGGGUACAACUGGUGGGGAUGCAACUAAUUCCAAUCAAUGUGAAGCGACUGGAAAUGAAGACGAUGAUAAUGUAUUCUCGGACAGUGAUGGCAAAGAGACUGGAGCUUCAAAGAAUCAACGAGCUGGUGCUGGUUCUGGUUCUGGAAGGGAAUCUGCAGGCCAGGCAGAGACUGUAUCACAGGGAACUGGGCAGUUGUCUCAGAAGAGUAAGAAACCAACUAAAGAAGCAAAUAUUGAUGGGAUUAGACAGCCUGCAUCAGGCCAGAUUCCACGUAUAGAUUCCUUAGGGGCAAGUGAUAUCAAGGCAAUUGCUGCUGAUGCUUCAGUUUUUAGCUUUGGGGAUGACGAAGAUUAUGAAAGUGAGUGAAUCCUAUACUUGCCUGG